AUGUUGCAAGAUGCUUCGGUUCAGGAUCUUCCUAUCAGAGAAGAAAGGGUUAAAGCGUCUGUUAAAGAGGUGGAGAAAGAUCCAGUGGCUCAGAGAACGGUGCUUAGAUUAGAGCCAGCUCCGAUAUUGAUUUCAGAUGUUAACAAAGGAAAGGGUCAUGUUUUUGAAUAUGGUGAAGAUGCAUCUGCAAGAGAAAGCUUUGAUCUAAACAAGAAUCCUCCGAAAAUGAUGGCGGCUGCUAUAAAAGCUAAUAGGAGCUUCCAUGCUUACUCGGACCCUCUGCUUAUCAAGGAUUAUGUUGAAGAAGCCAGGGAAUCUAGUUUUGCUUCAAUAUUUUCUGUCCCUCCAACGGUUUUCAAACCGGGUGCUUCGGUACCUGGUCUUAUCGGGAUGGCCAGAAAUCGCACAGCUGUGAAAAGACGCCCUGACAAAACGGGUAGAAACGUAAAAGCGUUGGUAAUCAGUACUGAAGUGAAGAAGCCAAUGUUUGCACAAAGAGAAGGGAAGCAACAUGUGGGGAACAAGAGAAGAGCAGUUGAUUCACAGGAGGAAGAGAUGAACACAUCUACCCAGGCGAAAUGCCUUAAGGUGAUCCCAAAUGAGAGAUCGCCCAAGUCCCAAUGA